AUGGAGAAGAAGGUGUCCGUCGACCUGCAGCCAGAGAAUGAGGGUGGCUUGAAGGAGCUGGUGCUCAGGUGGUUCAUUGAGACGCAGACCCAGGCUCUCAUCCUCAGCAACGGAAACUUCCCGGACUGGUUUCAUGGCUUUGCUGCGAGAAAGGAAGCAGAGGACUUGCUGAGAGAUAAAGCUCUGGGCUGUUUUCUCGUUCGCCUCAGCGAUAAAGCCAUCGGUUAUAUCCUGUCCUACAGGGGCCUUGACAGGUGCCGCCAUUUUGUCAUCACGCAGAAGCAGGACGGCCACUUUAUCAUAUCAGGAGACUGCCAGUCGUACCACAGUGUCACAGAGGUGAUCGAGCACUACAGGGACAGCCCAAUUCAGCCAUUUGGAGAACACCUGACUUCCAGCUGUUCUCAGGAGAGCACAGGUGAACUGUAUGAUGUGGUGAACUACACUUCCAAAGGGAAGUCAGGGGUGAGUGUCCAGGCUCUGCGGGCUCUGUGGGACCAGAAAAAACACCAUCAGAGUGACUCUGGUCAUCACCACAGUACUCAGCAGCUGAACAGCUCGGCUGUAGCACAGUUUCCUGCUCUGCUUCCAAAAUCUAACAGCAGAAAAUUGACUGGGACAGUGUCCAUGGGUGCAGUGUCCCUCACUCAGGGUGCACCUCCACUACCAAAGAGAGGUGUUACUCUGGGCUUGUCUCUGAGGGAAUCUUUACCAGACAAAACUUCAGUACGACAGAGAGGAAGCACAAGCUCAUUUCUAAAGGAUCUGUUUCCACCUGGAAGAAGCUGCUCUGACCUGAUACAGGCUGAGAGCAGGAGCAUGUCUCUGCAGUCCCUCCCACAGCUGGACAACAACAAAAUGGAGGGGGAGGAGGAGGGGGAGGAAGAGGAGGAGUACUCUAAGAAGCUGCAAUUCACAACAUCAGGAGCCAUUUUUUCUCCCACACCUCUAAAGACAGUCACCUGCGACACCUACUCCAUCCAUAAGCCGUGCGAUGACCUGGGAACACUAAGGUCAAACCCCUUGUACGAGACGUCUGAGGCGCCUGGUGCGAGUUCAGCUCAGCAGGGUAACAGCAUGUACGCCAAGGUCCCCACAAGACCAACACCUGCCGGCCUACCUGAUGACACCUAUGAGCAGAUCCCUGGAAAGCCCAUUGCCACUGUCCACAGCAACACCUACGAGUCUCUGGAUGAUAUGAAGAAGCCUAAAUCCACCUGGGGGAAAAAUUUAUUUACACCACCACCACAGCACACAUUCGAGCCAUCACCCACUGCUACUGACUGGAGGAGUGUGAGGAUGGUGGUGAGGACAGCAGAGAAGAUCAAGGCGAAAGAAACUUCUCUUCCCCUUAUUCAGGAUCUGGCACGGGAGCGCUGUGUGUCCCGAGCCAGAAACAGCACCCACGAUACCUCUCACCCCCACCAUGGACUGUUUACCCCGCUGGCCUCUGGGAAGUGGUUCAGGUGCAUCAGGCUGGACAACAUGAGGCGCCAUGCUGCAGUACGGAGGAAAAAGGAUUCUGUCUGCUCAUGCUCCUAA